AUCUCUCUAUCAGAAAGAAAGAAUCGUGUAGCAUUGGGUUCUUUCAACUUGUUUUGCUAGCUCCCACAUGUCCACGAGCUGGCAGCUCACCUGGAUCGUGCAUAUUCUACUGCACCACACAGGAAUUUCACUUCGUCCUAGAUCUGGCACACCCACCGAGGCGUCCGGCGUCGUGCGAAUUUUGAGGAGCUAGCUAGCUGCGACUGCGAGGGUGAUGGGCGGCGCCGGCGCAGAGGACGUGGAGGCGGUGGUCGUGGGCGCCGGGAUCGCGGGGCUCGCCACCGCGCUAGCGCUGCGGCGCGCGGGCGUCGCGCGGGACGUCGGCGGCGGCGGUGUCGUGGUGCUGGAGCGGCACGCCGAGCUGCGCGCCGCGGGCGCCGCGCUCACCAUCUUCCCCAACGGCUGGUUCGCGCUCCGCGCGCUCGGCGUCGCGCGCAAGCUCACCCCUCGCUACGAACCCUACGAAACGUCCGUGGUGACCAACCUCGAGUCCGGAGCGACGCAGGUGUUUCUCUUCGGUGGGCACAAGAGCAGGAGCGGCGAGGUCAGGGUGAGGCCGGUGCACCGCAGGGCGCUGCUGGAGGCGAUGGCGGAGGAGCUGCCGCCGGGGACCAUCCGGUUCUCGUCCAGGCUCACCUCCAUCAGCACCGAGCCUGCCGCCGAUGGCUCGUCGCCGGAGCUCGCCGUCGUGAGGCUAGACGACGGCAGCGUGAUCCGGUCCAAGGUGCUGAUCGGGUGCGACGGCGUGAACUCGGUGGUGGCGCGGUGGCUGGGCCUCUCGGAGCCGGCCAGCUCCGGCCGCUCCUGCGUCCGCGGCCUCGCCGUGUACCCCGGCGGCCACUCCGUGAAGAAGGAGCUCAGGCAGUUCCUCUCCCACGGCCUCCGGGCCGGCAUGGUGCCCAUCAGCGACACCGACAUCUACUGGUUCGUCGUCAACAACACCAUCCCCGCAGAGAAAGAGGCCGGUGGCGAUCCCGAGAUGAUCCUGCGCGAGGUGACCGACAACCUGGGGAGGCACCUGCCGGAGGAAUUCCUCGACGUGGUUCGCCACUCGGACCGGGACAACCUCACGUGGGCCCCGCUGCUGUACCGGGCCCCGUGGGCCAUACUGACGGGCCGGGCCGCGCGCGGGCCCGUCACCGUGGCCGGCGACGCGUUCCACCCCAUGACCCCCGACAUGGCGCAGGGCGGGUGCGCCGCGCUGGAGGACGCCGUCGUGCUCGCCCGCGCGCUGUCGCGGCGCGCCGGCGCCGCGGCCGACGGCGUGGCCGCCUACGUGGCCGAGCGCCGGGGCCGCGCGGCCUGGAUCGUCGCCGGCGCGUACCUGUCCGGCUACGUCCAGCAGGGGAGCACCAGCGGCCCCGGCGUCCGCGCCUACGCCGUCAAGCUGUUCCGCGACUGGAUCUUCUACAGGUUCAUCUUCCCUUUGCUCGCCGACACCAUGUGGUUCAACUGCGGCGACCUCACGGCCCCGGCGCCGCCGACGCCGCGCGACGCCGAGGAGGAAGCCGGCAAGAAGAGCCACGCACACUAUCAGUAGUACACUUGACUACUCUAGUACAAUCACUGCAGGUGGAGCCGGAUCAUCAGCAAAGCCAUGCCAUGUGUUGAUAACUUUGAUGGUCGCUAAUUGCAGAAGUUAACCGUGGCACCAUCAAUCUAUUUCAGGUGUACAACGUGAUGAAUAAGUUUGUUGUGUUUGGGAAGUGAGGUUAGAUGAGAUGCAGAUGUGAUGUCACCGCAGUGAGCUACAUCUGCAAGCCUCUAAAUUUGUUGGGGAUAGCUUGAUUGUUCGUGAGAUCAGCCAAAGAUGCUCCUCCUCCUGUGCAAGCAAGAGCAGUGCAUUUCCAAUGUGGCAACAAAGUGUCACCUGAAAUACCAGAAAUAAUAUAUUUUUUUAAAAAAAGGAGAGGAUGGAAUCCACUAGCUUAGGUUUUCUAUUUGCUUAGGUUUUCUAUUUGCAAAACCGGACUUUUACACUAGUAGCCCAUAGAUUUAUGAUUUAGUGGUACUACUACUGCAUAAUUUUCUCUGUGGCUUGCAACAAAACGUUGCCUUCAGUGUCAUUCAAUAUUUAAUCUGGA